AACUGAGUGUGUGAAUGGAGCCCAAGCCAGCCAGGGGAAUUUGGUGAAUGAAGAUCCCUCUCUCCAGUUUGGAUUGGGAAUUUUCAGACCCCGUAUGGGAGCGGAGAAAGUGGCCCCUACAUCACUGGCCUAAAUCAGGCUUGCACCGGAAUUCUGCAAACGUCUUCGGGACAUACCCAAACUGGAACUGCGCAGACGCAACAGGUGGCGCAGAAGGCUCCAGGCCAAGGCAUGUCAAGUCCCGGUCUGGAUGUGAUCACGUCCAGUCAGGAGCUCCGCUGGCUACUCCAGUCCUCCGUAUGGACUCAACCCGAAUCCUCGUGGCAAACCCUGGCCUCGUGUGUGCCUCUCGAGGAGUCCAUCACACGCCUAGCACCGGCGCCGGUUCCGGGCUGUUGCCACACGCGCUUGCAGCACAAUGGGGCCACGGACAGAACCAAGACAAAGCUGUCUGAGGGGGAGUGUGAGCGGAGGAGGCUACGUAGGGAGCGCAACCGCAUGGCUGCUGCCAAGUGCCGAAAUCGCAGGCGCGUGCUCACAGACACACUGCAGAAUGAGAGUGACGAGCUGGAGGGUGUCCAAUCGCGGCUGCAGGAUGAGAUCGCCCAGCUGGAGCGUCAGAAGGAGAAGCUGGAGCUGGUGCUGGAGGCUCACCGGCCCAUCUGCAAGAUACCCCACCAUAGCGACGGUCACUAUGGUGAUGAUGCUACUGCUGAUGCUGCUGAUGAUGAUGCUGAUGUUGACGAUGACACUGACUGUCUGUAAUGACUUGAGUCUGCGGGUACAGACCGGGUUGCUUAGACAUCUUACUGUAUUAUUAUGGUGAGCGUCGUGACCCUCCUCCGAUUGGUGUCACGUCACUUGUCACGGGCAUAUUAGACUUAUUACAAUAUUCUCCCUCCCUCCGCCUUCUCUGUGUGAUGGUUUAGGCAGAAAUCAGUGAUGCAAGAAAGAAGGCUUUGCUAUUAUAUGGUGAUAGUUCUCAAUAUCACCUUUUCUUUUGAUUUUCAUAACUGUUAUGCAGUGAUGGGCAAUCUGGUUUCACAUAAAAAACUACAAUACAUGUAUGUUUCACACAGUAUUCUGCCUUACUGCUCAUGCAGAGCCUCUGUUAUAGUCUUAUUGACACCAAAAGGGUAAUGACCAUGUCCGACUUAAGAGACUUAAGGUAAUACUCUACAAUAUUGUUAUGAUGUAAACCUUUUCAGCAACUAGUGGAUGGUGAUCGCUGGCAACCCCAUCUGCAUGAAAGGGUUAAUUAAUUAAAGGAACCAAGUUGUUAACAACUGGACUAUUUAUCUGAAAAGCUCUAAAACAAUUGAGCUCAUUUGACAACCAUGUCAUUGAUGAAUGACAGUUUUCACAGAUACAGAUGAGAAUUAUUCAAAGCCAGGAAGUGGGGCAGUUGUGGCCUAAUGGUUGGAGUAUUGGACUGAUUAUUACAGGGUCGCUGGUUCGAUUUCUGUUGAAUGCAGGGGAGUGAAAAACCAGUACCCUGGUCUAUGGCCGAGGUGCCCUUGAGAAAUGCGCCAAAUGUUGCUACAGGUGGAGUGCUCUUGUUUCUAAUUUACUGUAAGUCGAUUUGGAUAAGUCAGGAAAUAGCCCCAAAUGAAUAUAGCCGUCUCUUCUUGCCGAUAGGUCAGAGUGAGGACCUAUUCACUUUCUGCCAAAAAAAACCCCAAUUACAUCAUGUAGUAUAUGACAAUGUAAUACACAAGAACACCUUUAUGGCAUUACUAAUUGUUUUAAGUAACAAAUGAAGACUUGGUCAUUACCAUUUCGGUGACAAUACUAUCACGUUAUAACAGAGGCUCUGCACUAAAAGUCAAUAUGAUGUAAAUGACACCAUGUACAUAGUAGCCCAAAAUAGAACCAGAUGUUUUGUGGUAUGGGCUAUUGGAUUGUGACUAUGUGAAUAUGUGCUUUUGGAUUGUAGCUUUGCCAACAUUGCCUAUUUCUGCAGUUGUGUUUCAUGACACCGCGCGCCUGCUGCUUACUUGGCCCUGUGUCCCUCUAGUGUAGUGCUUUUGCUUCAUCCUGUAGUAUGGGUGUUGAGAAGGAGAGUGGAGUUGCUCCCGUGCGUUCUGGGGCACCAAGCUUUGGCUCUGAUAACUACCCCUGUUUGGUACUGCAGAAGGUCUGAAUUCAAGUGUUGUGGGUGGGGUGGGAGGCCACCACUCCCCUUUGCUACAAUUGAGCUUCAUUGAACAGCAGGCUGUGAUGUGUUUCUUUUUUUUUGUUUUUUAGACUUUAUUAGUGACAGGGUAGUUUGAGAGAGAGACAGGAAACGUUUUGGGAGAGAGAAACAGGAAAGGGUCGGCAAAAGAACCCGGAAUCGAACCCGGGUCGGCCGCAUAGUUGACAAGUGCCCUACCGUUAAGCCAGGGUAGGGCCCUGUCAUGUUUCUGUUAGUGUUUGAGGAAACUGUAGGUUCAGAUAUGUUUAGUCUAGGUUUCGAUAGAGCCAAGUCUAGAGAUAAACUCUACACAAAGUUGUAGUUACGCAGUUGUAGAGGCUGUGUGUGGACUUGUGCAUAGGGAUGGUGAAAGAUGGCAUUUGUGUGUACUCUCCUCAUGACGGGAUGGAAUCUGUAGGUUGAGAGAUGUUUCAAGGAAUGGGGGUCAAUAGCCUUGUAUGUAUGUAACCACAUCGCAAAUGAGUGAUCUAAUGAAGUUAGAAAACAGGCAAAGGCCCUCUGUUUUGAAGUCUCCAUGUAUGUCAGUUGCAGAUAAGUUAAAAAUAAGACAUGAUAAUGACAAUGGUGUGUUCAAUGGUUUUCCCUGCAAUGUUAUGCACGGACUGACAUGCAAUGUUUGGUAAGAUACAGAAAGCUUUGAAGCUUCCGUGUGUA